UCCCUUUUCUUUGUGUGUGUAGAGCUGCCACUGUUCUUCUCUUAUCCACUACUUCACUCUUUCUCGGCUUUGAGCUUUACAGUUUGUUCUCUUUGCUCUUCACUUGAAGCUUUUCUUUCUACAUUUUCCCUUUUGAAGCUUGAGAUUGCAUCUUAAGCCUCAAAAUAGAUUUACCACUAAUGCAGUCCGAAGAAAUCAUGGAGGAUAAUUCUACAUCAGGAAGUGCCUCAACUGAACAAAAUUCUGAGACUGUGAUUCCCAUAGAUUAUGAUAAGCCAGCUGAAAUUGAAACGAGAAAGAGGCACUCAAAACUGUACGGGGCUGCACUUAAAGGUGAUUGGCACAAAGCUGAAAUAAUUUUCGAGAAACAUGAAAACGAUGAUACAGCUAAGCUAUCAAAGGAAGGGGACACCGCUCUCCAUAUUGCAGCUGCAGCAGGGCGGCCUUAUUUUGUGGAAAAGCUGGUUAGAAAAAUGAAAAAAGAGGAUUUGGCAAUAAAGAAUAAUGCUGGCAAUACGGCCUUUUUUCUUGCAGCUGCGUCCGAAAAUGUUGCAAUUGUCAAGGCUAUGAUUGCUGAGAAUGAAGACUUAAUAAAGAUCAAAGGUGAUAAUGAUAUGUUACCACUUGUCAUGGCAGCUAUAACGGGAAACAAAGAGAUGAUAGAAUACCUUUAUGAAGCUACUGCAGAAGAGUUAUUAGAUGAUUUUAAUUGCAUCGAAUUGCUUGUCAGUCUGAUAAACCAUGGUUUGUAUGAUAUUGCGUCUGAUUUGGUAGAGAGGCACCCAAAGAAGGCAAUUGCGCGAGAUAAAAGCCAGUUGACAGCAUUACAUCACUUGGCUAAAAUGCCCGUGCAAAUGCCCGUGCACAGAUUUUUUUUCGAUUGCGACCUGAUUAAAGUUGGCACGAGAUUACUGAUCAAACUUUGUAAUUGUGUGAUAAAUAGAUGUUGUUCAGCUUUGAGGAGAGGACGUAUGACUGAUAUCAACACGCUCAGCUUGAGGGAUCGGAUAAAAGAGAGGGAGCAUCGGUGGACGGAUCAGAUCAGCUUGGGGCAUCGGUUUUGUAAGGCGAUAGUGGAAGUGCUCUGUGAAGUUGCCGGUGAAGAGACUCCCCCUUCUGCUUUUGCCCUAAUCAGACACCUUUGGGAACAAGUAAUACUAUUGGAUGACUCUGAAAUAUCUGAGAUUAUAAGAAAACCAUGGCCACUAAUGUUUGAGGCUGCAAAACGAGGAAACGAGAAGUUUCUAGACAUAAUUUGGGAGACAUAUCCUGAUAUGAUGUUUGAAGUAGACGAAAAUCAUUACACCAUAUUUCAUUUUGCUGUUAUGUAUCGCCACUACCACGUUUUCAGUUUCAUUUAUAACAUAGGUCCAUUGAAGGAUUUGAUAGUUCGGAAAACAGACGCAAAAGGGAACAACAUAUUGCAUCUGGCUGCAAAGUUGCCACCACUAGAUAGAUCCAUUAUUGUAUCAGGUGCACCAGUUGAGCAGAUGAGGCUAGAGGUGUUUUGGUUCAAGAAAGUGAAGAAAAUGUUGUGUCCAGUGGAUGCUGAAGCUCCAAAUGACGACGGCAAAACUGCUAGUGCUUUAUUUACUGAAGAGCAUGAAGAGUUAAGGAAAAAGGCUGAGAAAUGGACCAAGGGGAUUGCAAAUGCAUGCAUCGUGGCGGCAACACUUAUUGCUACCGUGGCUUUCACAGCAGGUUUAACAGUACCAGGUGGCAUCAAAGAAGAAACUGGGACUCCAAAUUUUGUUCAAAGAGCUUCCUUCAUAAUUUUUGCAAUAUCAGAUACUGCAGCGUUAUUAUUCUCCUCUUUUUCCAUAGUCUGUUUCAUAUCCCUUUUCUUUUACCCGUAUGAAGAAAGAGAUUUAGAACGAGGGGUGGCUUUCGUCUCACGGCCGAUUGCCAUGCUCUACAUGGGGUUCUUUCUUGAUUUACACGUUGGAUUAUACUCACUAUUAUAUUCAGUAGAUCUAAUGAUGUUAGGUUUUUGUGCAAAUAUGUUCAUUGUCUUCAAAGAUGGCAAGCUAUGGAUUCCUAUACUUAUUACGGCAAUGAGUGCUUUCGCAAGCAUCAUAAUCUGGAGACAAGCUGCUGUUGCCUUCCGAAAGCGUCUGCGUUAAAACUCUGCAAUGGAAUCAUCAGAGAUCACAGCGUCAUUUUUAAACAAAGUGUUCAUGUUUCAAGUUUCUUGUUUACUUUAUUUUAAAAGGUUGAUGUUAUACAAUAAACGGAUCGCUUCUUGUUUUAAUUUUAUUUAUAUAUAUAGAUAUAUAUAUAUAUAUAUAU